AUGUGUGGUGGAGUACUGAAAAUGUCAAAUCUACUCUCAUGCUUGAUUUUCUUUCUCACCAUUUCUACAACGAGCUCUGUCUCAUCGGCAUCACUCGAAGUGGGCUUCUACCAAUCAAGUUGCCCACUUGCAGAGGCAAUUGUGACAAUAGCUGUGACUAGAGCUGUGUUAUUCAAUCCUGGCAUAGCUGCAGGCCUCAUUCGAAUGCAUUUCCAUGACUGUUUUGUCAGGGGUUGUGAUGCUUCUAUCCUCCUUGAUUCAACCCCUGGCAAUCCAUCAGAGAAAGAAAAUCCAGUCAACAAUCCAAGCUUGCGAGGUUUUGAAGUGAUCGACGAGGCCAAGGCCGAGCUUGAAGCUCUAUGUCCAGAAACAGUGUCAUGCGCUGACAUCCUCACUUUUGCAGCACGAGACAGCGCAUUCGAAGCUGGGGGAAUAUUCUAUGAUGUGCCAUCAGGGCGUCGCGACGGGAGAGUGUCAAUCAGGGACGAGCCUUUCCAACACCUCCCCCCUCCUUUCUUCAAUGCCAAACAACUUGAGGAGAAUUUCGCGCGCAAAGGUCUCACUCUAGACGAAAUGGUCACCCUCUCGGGGGCACAUUCCAUUGGAGUCUCACAUUGUUCGUCUUUCUCAGACCGGCUUUACUCCUUCAACGCCACUCACUCGCAAGAUCCUUCAAUGGACUCCAAUUUUGCUCGCGGAUUGAAAAGGAAGUGUCGUCCACCGUCCAACGCAGGAGAUGGAAUCGAUCCAACUGUGCCAUUGGAUGUUAUCACACCAAAUAGUUUGGAUAAGAACUACUACAGAGAUUUGAAGAACAACCAUGGAGUGUUGACAUCGGAUCAAACACUUUUGACAAGCCCUUCGACAGCAAGGAUUGUGAGGCACCAUGCGAAACAUGGUGCAGCUUGGGCUGAUGAGUUCGCGGCUGCAAUGAUACGAAUGGGUUCCAUUGAUGUUCUCACAGGCAGCUUGGGGGAGAUCAGGAAGAAUUGUAGAGUUGUGAACUAG